CAGUCUAGAAUAAAUAAGAGAUGAGAGAGAUCCCAUGAUCGAUCAAAUCUUCAUCUAUUUGAUCGAUUCUAAAUUCCCAAUAUUCGUUUCUCUUCCUAUUGAAAUGGGUAGCAUAAUCCGGUUCUUCGAGGACAAGACUCUUUUAGUCACUGGUGGCACCGGCUUUUUGGCAAAGAUUAUGGUGGAGAAGAUACUAAGGAUUCAGCCAAAUGUAAAAAAGCUCUUUCUUUUAAUAAGAGCUAAAGAUGCUGCAGCCUCAGCAACACAACGAUUACAUGAUGAGGUCAUAGGGACAGAGCUGUUUAAAGUUCUACGUGAGAAAUGGGGUGAAGAUUUCAAUUCCCGUAUUUCAGAGAAGGUGGUUCCAGUUUCAGGAGAUGUUACUUGUGAAGCGUUGAUCAGCCUCGAAGAAAGUGAGCUGAGAGAUGAAUUGUGGAGAGACAUAGAUGUUAUUGUGCAUUCUGCCGCGACAACCAAAUUUGAUGAAAGAUAUGAUAUUGCAAUGGGUGUCAAUGUCAUGGGAGCCAUGCAUGUUCUCAACUUCGCCAAGAAAUGUACUAAUAUAAAGAUGCUUCUCCAUGUAUCUACCGCUUAUGUAUGCGGUGAAAGGGAGGGAGUCAUUCUAGAGAGGCCAUUCGCUAUGGGUGAGACACUCAAUGGAACCUACGGUUUGGACAUUUGGGUAGAGAAGCAGUUGGUUGAAGAAAAACUACGCGACUUACGAGCUAGGGAGGCUACCGAAAAGGCAGUUACAGCGGCCAUGAAGGACUUCGGAAUUCAAAGGGCAACGCAUUUUGGAUGGCCGAAUACGUACACGUUCACAAAGGCAAUGGGAGAAAUGGUUUUUGGGCACUUCAAAGGAAAUCUACCUCUUGCUAUCAUACGUCCAAGUAUUAUUACCAGUACUUAUCAAGAACCAUUCCCAGGAUGGAUUGAAGGUUUGAGAACCAUGGAUGUCUUUGCCCUUGGGAUUGGAAAAGGAAAAUUGAGAUGCUUGUUAAUUGAUCCAGAGUCAGUUGCUGACAUGAUACCUGGGGAUAUGGUGGUGAACUCUAUGCUGGUGGCCAUAGCUGUGAAUGCCGCCGCAAAUCAACAUCCCAAAAUCAUGAUUUACCAUGUGGGGUCCUCUCUUAGGAACCCAUUAAGGUAUGACAGCAUUCAAGUGUGUGGCUUUCGUUACUUCACCAAGAACCCAUGGAUCGACAGGAGGAGUGGAAAUCCCGUUAAAGUACGCAAGAUCAGAGUGUUCAGCAAUACCGCUAGCUAUCGGAAAUACGUGACUAUCCAUUACUUAAUGCCAUUGAAGGUAUUCAAAUUGUUGAAUGUAGCACUCUGUCAUUGCCCAAAAGCAACAUAUAUCAACCAGGAACGAAAGAUGAAGUUUCUUUUGCGAUUAGUGGAGCUUUACAUGCCAUACUUGUUUUUUAAAGGAAUUUUUGAUGAUCUCAACACAGAAAAGUUGCGAAUGGAAGCAAGGGAAAGUGGUGGCGAAGAGGGAGGAGUGUUUUAUUUCAAUCCUAAGUGCAUUGACUGGGACCAAUACUUCACGAAUAUUCACUUUCCUGGAGUUGUCAAGUACCUCUUCUAAUUAUCCCCCCCAAAAAAAAUCCAAACUCUAAAUAUAAAUUGCAGUCACGUUUAUGUAAUAAUGGCUUUAUGUCAAGAAACUAUGAUGUGUUUCCUUUUAUGAUGCUAUAUUUAUGAAAUAAAAGUCUGGCUUGUGGAUUGA